AGAGCUGCCGAAUAAUACUCAACCUUCUACAACAACGGGGUCCCAAAAUAAAUUAUUCUCUCCCUCUUCAAAGCGGGUACGCGUCGUUGUGUCGCAGUCGAAACGGGGCUGCGUGACUUGCAAGGCACGUCGGGUCAAGUGCGACGAGCAAAAGCCCCUGUGUCGGCGAUGCCUUCAAGCCGGUCGAGUGUGCGGCGGUUACAGCCGGGAAGCCAAGUCAUCAUUGUCAUCAACUUUGCAGCCUGCUCUAAAAUUUGGGGUCACAAUGGACAGCCAUGCGGAAAGGUUAAGCUAUCUCGCAGCUCAUGUGAUGUCUCUAGAUAACAGAGGCUGUUCUCCGCGAGAAGAUAGUGCUUGGGGGCGUAUAUUUCUCCAGCUAUCGAGUCAGGUCGAAUGUGUCAAGGCCGCCGCGGUCGCUUUCGGGGCGGCGUAUGAAUCAUCGCAGAUAAACUUGAUCGGCCAUCGGCCCUACUCCACCUGGAACUAUUAUGGCUCAGCUCUAGCAAGGCUGCGAUCUGAUUUUCACAAUGGGAGCGUCGGUGCAGAGUCCCUGGCUCUGGCAUCCAUGGUCCUAGCCUACGUGGAGAUCCUAAGCCAACACGAGCAAAAUGCGUUCACUCAUUUUCUUGGGGCCGUACAGAUCUUGACCAAGGCCGAGCAGCAUCGCUGGCAAGCUUCAUCUGCCGACAUCCUCAGUACAAUGAAAGAUGCGCUAGUAAAGAUAAACCUCCUCAUUGGCAGCUACGGCUUGUCCCAGACCCCGCAGUAUAUGUAUCUGGACUUUCCCAGAAUACCGACUAGAGACGAUGCGUUCUGUGAACCAGAGCUUGCGAUUGACGCCGCAAUGCACUGCCUUUAUCGAUCCUAUCAGUUCAUAGAGCAGGCUUCGCACUUGCGAUACACGUAUUCUAACUGGAAAGAGCAUGAUCCCACCAUGUGUAAGGCUCAAUCUGAUGCGGCGGCCGAGUGUCGUUUUGUUCUUGAUUGCCUUGCAGCGCUCGCCACGACGCUGCAAGCCCGAUGUUCGUCCGCGACGCCGACGCCGAGAGAUUUGGACAUGCUGGCUGAGAUUCAUGCGGUUCGGACGCAGUUAACAUCAGCGUUAAUUUUCAUCUUGUGUGCUCACAGCCCGUACGAAACAGCGUACGAUGAACAUAAUGACCAAUUCCAAAGCAUAAUAAGUGAUGCUGCCGCGUCGGCGCGGCUGAGGCGGCGGAACAAACCCAGUGCUUUCAAACGCUUCUCAACGCGACCGGGAAUUGUUAGCCCUCUCUUCAUCGUGAGCAUCAAGUGCAGAAAUCCGUCACUGCGUGCUUUGGCGACGACAUUACUUAACGAACAAAGCCGCGAGGGGCCUGCCGAUGGACGAAUCCUGGCGGCCAUCGGUGCUCGACUGGCCGCCCUAGAGACGUCUUCCAGUGUUUCUUCUUCUCCCAACGCUCCGCUGGCUGUCUGCGACAUUUCCGAAGGACAGAGAGUGUACGGUUACUCGGUGUCUCCAAGAUUCAGUGGAGACAGCCGCCACGUCGUAGACGUUAUUUUCCAGCGGCCCAGCCCGCCUCUCAUGCAAGGGUGGGGACAUAUUGAUUAUUCUUGCCAGAAUGGUUGGAUGUACUGGUCAGAAACUAUCGAGAUAUAAGGUAUUUACUGACUCAUUUAUGCACAGAAGCCGCUAAUCUCUUUAUGUGUAUGGAAAGGCCCAUCAAACUCUCGCUAAGCUGCUUGCAUUCCUGAUCCUUUUCUAGUCCUGUGCCGAACGCAUAACAGUAUCUAUUCAGAACCACAUAUUACUAUUUUGAAUCGGGUGGUGAUUUAUUGGCAUUAUGUGUGCAUGGGCAAUGUAUUGUCUCGAUGUCGGGUCUCUUAUCUAGCAUCUCACGGGAGUCUGAUUGAUGCCUUCCAUUCGCCGUUAAAGUGCUGGUGGAGCUCAGCUCGGUGUUUGUUGCUGCUAAACCGGAUUAAGUAAAGACUCGAGGGAUGCAUAAGUGGAGGUCAUCUCGGUCUUUCGACACUUCAUUGAUGCUUAUUGGUCCGUGUGUUAUAAUAGUCGGUAGCCUAGGCUUGCUUACACUUCCACUAGUCAUUAAUCGAGU